GUCCCUGCAGCUGCCGCUUCGAGACCGAAGCAGAAUCGGUUCACUAUUGGAAGCAGCCAGCAGCCGCAGCAGUGGUUGCACCGGAGAAUGAUCGCUGUCCGGAGGACAUAGAUGUACAGCCCCCCCUGGAAUAUCCGUGCGCUGGAGAGGCCGGAGCCGAGCACCGUGGAGGACUGCCUUUAUUUAGCCACCGACAGGGGAGAAAGAGCCACGGAGACACCAUGGCGGUAGAAGAAGAAGGUCUUCGGGUGUUUCAGAGCGUUAAAAUAAAAAUAGGAGAAGCUAAAAACAUCCCUCCAUACCCAGGACCAAACAGGAUGAGGGACUGCUACUGCACCGUCAACCUGGACCAGGAGGAGGUCUUCAGGACCAAGAUAGUGGAGAAGUCUCUUUGUCCGUUUUACGGGGAAGACUUCUACUGCGAGAUCCCACGUAGCUUCAGACACCUCUCCUUCUACAUCUUUGACAGGGACGUGUUCAGGAGGGACUCAAGCAUCGGCAAGGUUGCAGUGAAAAAAGAGGACCUGCAGAAAUAUCACGGGAAAGACACCUGGUUCCAGUUGCAGCCUGUCAGCGCUGACUCAGAGGUGCAGGGAAAAGUGCAUCUGGAGCUGCGUCUGAGUGAAGUCAUCACUGACAGUGGAGCUAUCAACCAUAAGCUGGCCACACGUGUGUUGGAGUGCCAAGGGCUUCCGAUCGUCAACGGCCAGUGUGAUCCCUACGCUGCUGUUUCCUUGCUCGGUCUGUCAAGGUCCGAAGCAAAGAAGACAAAAGUCAAGAGGAAAACCAACAACCCUCAGUUUGACGAGGUUUUCUACUUUGAGGUUACGCGGCCACCGAGCUACACGAAGCGUCAGUUUGAUGUUGAAGAGGAGGAUGUGGACAAACUGGCUCUGAGGGUGGAUCUGUGGAACGCCAGCAACCUGAAGUUUGGGGACGAGUUCCUGGGAGGCGUUCGCGUCCCGCUGAGGGUUUUGGGUCAAGCUGGAGUACACGAUGCCUGGUACUUUCUGCAGCCCAGAGAAAACGGAGGGAAGUCUGUGAAGGUGGAAGAUCUUGGCUCUUUGCGUUUGAACAUUGUCUAUACCGAGGACCACGUCUUCCCCUCUGAACACUACACUCCUCUCAGAGAUCUGCUGUUGGACUCUGCAAACGUCGAGCCCGUGUCGGCGUCCGCCGCUCACACUCUGGGGGAGGUAUGUCGAGAGAAACAGGAAGCCGCCAUUCCGCUUGUGCGUCUCUUCCUUCAUUAUGGCAAAAUAGUGCCUUUCAUCAGCGCCAUUGCUCACGCAGAGAUCAACCGAACACAGGAUCCAAACACCAUUUUCAGAGGAAACUCCCUGACUUCAAAGUGCAUUGAUGAGACCAUGAAGCUUGCUGGGAUGCACUAUCUGCAAGUCACACUUAAACCCAUCAUAGAUGAGAUCUGCACAGAACACAAAUCCUGUGAAAUCGAUCCAGUCAAGCUCAAAGAGUCCGAGAACUUGGAAACGAACAGGGAAAACCUUCGUCUCUAUGUAGAUCGCAUCUUCAAUGUCAUCACCACCUCUGGUGUUCGCUGUCCCACCGUCAUGUGUGACAUCUUCUUCUCUCUGAGGGAGUCUGCUGCCACACGUUUCCAAGUCGACCAAGAUGUUCGAUACACAGCGGUCAGCAGUUUCAUCUUCCUGCGUUUCUUCGCUCCGGCCAUCCUGUCCCCCAACUUGUUCCACCUACGACCACACCACCCAGAUCCAGCCACCUCAAGAACCCUCACCCUCAUCUCCAAGACCAUACAGACUCUUGGAAGUCUCGCCAAGUCCAAAUCUGCCAAUUUCAAAGAGUCCUACAUGGCUGCGUUUUACGACUACUUCAACGAGCAGAAAUACGCAGACGCUGUGAAGAAUUUCCUGGACCUGAUCUCCACCUCUGGUAAAUGGGAUCAGAAAAGCAUCGAAACACCAAUCAUGCUCAAAGAAGGAUUUAUGAUAAAGAGAGCUCAGGGGAGAAACCGGUUCGGAAUGAAGAACUUUAAGAAGAGAUGGUUCCGCCUCACCAACCACGAGUUCACGUAUCACAAAACGAAAGGGGAGGGAGCUCUGUGCAGCAUUCCUAUCGAGAACAUCUUGGCUGUGGAGAGGCUGGAGGAGGAGUCUUUCAAGAUGAAAAAUAUGUUUCAAGUUAUCCAGCCAGAGCGAGCGCUCUACAUCCAGGCCAACAACUGCGUAGAGGCACGAGACUGGAUCGACAUCCUGACCAAAGUCAGUCAAUGCAACCGCAAACGUUUGAGCACCUACCACCCCUCAGCCUACCUCAACGGCCACUGGCUCUGCUGCAAGCUCUCAGCAGACUCUGCUCCUGGGUGCACGCCCUGCACCGGUGGCCUCCCUGCAAACAUCCAGCUGGACGUAGACGGAGACCGAGAGACAGAGAGGAUUUAUUCCCUCUUCAGCACAUACAUGACCAAACUGAUCAAGAUGCAAGAGGCUUGUGGCAGCAAGUCUGUGUACGACGGGCCAGAACAGGAGGAGUACUCCAGCUUUGUCAUCGACGACCCCCAGGAGACUUACAAAACCCUAAAGCAGAUCAUUUCAGCUGUACAGACAUUGGAGCAGCAGCACACCAAGUACAAGCGGGACAAGUUCAAGAAGACAAAGAUCGGCAGCCAGGAGCAUCCGAUUGGGGACAAGAGUUUCCAGUGCUACAUCCACCAGCAGUCUGAGAGCUCCACCUACUCUAUCUAGCAACGAUUGUCUGUACGGUUUCAGCUAUCCUCAGAACCAGCAUAGUUUUUCUUUGCUGCAAGAAAAACUCACCCCACCACAGCUCUGUGUCUUAUGUUGAAGUUUAAAUCUUAAACUUUCAUUCUAAAUGAGAUCAAAUUAAAAAGCUGCGUACAAGCCGUGUAACGUUUAGAGACCGAGCUGAAGGCAACAGUUUGGCAGCAAGAUUCAGAGGAUUUACUGGUUGAUUUGGUUUUUAGAAAACUCGCCACCCAAGAGUGAAAGGGUCGAGUUGUAUCGAUGGACAAAAAGGAGGGAUUAAACAAAAACGGCGUAAUAUAUGCUCCUGCCACUGAUCUGCUCUGGUCUCCUUCCCGUGAUGCAACGAGUGAAUAAAGUUUUCACUGGACAGUUUUGACAGUGAUCAACACGCACUUUAAUUGCCUCCAAAUCUGUGGAUGAACAAGCCUCGCAGCACACUUUUUAUUUUAUUUUAUUUCUAAGAAAGCUUCUUUUAUUCGUUUGUUCUGUGUUUGGUUAUUUUUAUGUUUGUGAAAUGAUCCGUUGUAUUUCACAUCAGGCAGACCGAACUUCAGAAGAAAAGAAGGACUGUAAUUUAUGUCAUUUGAGUGGUGGUGUUUCCAUUUAUCUUUUUAUUUGACUGUUUUUUGUGACCCUUUCCUCUCAAGUAAGUCUGUGUGUCAACAGAAAAGAAGAAGGGAUCAAGCAAAUGAAAUAUCUAAUAGCAGCUUGAUGUUAGCUAUGAAAAAUGACUCCACGCACAAUUUUAUCACUUUUAGAUCUUCACCAUUGGUGCGCAAAGCCUUGUUUUGUUGGAUGUCAUGUUCCUGUGUUAUAUCAGUUAAAGGAAAUUGGUUAGUUUCUGUACCUCCUCACAUAAAGUCUUCACUAAUAGAUGAAAAAAAAAACGUUCUAAUUGAGACUAAACCAAACCCUGACCCUUCAAAACCAGUUUCAGUAGAUGACAUGUUGAAGUGGGUGAGCUCACAUCAUGAAAAAAGUUUAUUUUCAACAUUUAAACCAAAAAGAACGAUAACCUGCUUCUAAAGUGGAACUUGAGAAGGUUAAAAUGAAGAAAUUUUGCCCUCACGUCCCUCUCUGCUGUGCUUCAACUCUUCCUCCAGAGCUUGCUGGGAAGGGUAGUAUCCAUAGCAACUGUGGUACUGACCGACACUUUAAAAAGAGGAUCACAGUGGAUUCUCACAAAUAGAGGAUUUUUCACAAACCUAGUGUUUUGUGCUUAGUUAUCAGGACAGCGUGGGGAUUUCAGCGAAUGACCAAAAAUGUCUGCUUCAGGAGGUGCUUCCCUCAGAGAUCCACCACUGGGCCAAGGUCACGUGUAGCUCAGGCGUAAAGCUUUGUUUUUCUCUGUGUACGUAGCUAAAGCCACACUACUCCUUCAGCUAUCUCAAAGGAAAGAUAAUGUGUUAGAGCAGCUCAUUUCCAAGAAUUUUUAAUACUUUUCUUCUAUUAAUCCACAUACUAACUUCUUAUUGUAAAUUUGAUCAUGUGUGACUGAUUGCAUUGCCUUACUGGCCUCCGUCUGUUUUGUGGGUUAUUUUUAGAGAAGAUUCCCCCUCCUCCACUUGUACUUUGAGUCUUAUUUAUAUGCAUUCCUGUGAGCAGCUGUUAAUCUUAGCAGACGGCUCCUCAGAAUCUGUUGAAGGUACAGGAAUUUUUUUUUUUUUGGAUGCAGUUUGGUUGUUGCUUUCUAAGGAAAAAGAGGCAGCCACUCUGGCAUAAGCACUCAUGUUUGCCAAAUCAGUGCAUGUGGAAUAUAACUGUGAUCAUGGCAACGGUGGCUUCUGUCAAGAAAAUUACAGGCAAAUUUUGUAUUUUCCAAAAAGGUUGCUCAUGUUCCCAUGAAUACAGGACCACAAGCAGUGCCAGCCAUCACUUUUAUAAAAUUCACUUAAAAAAAAACUAAAUAUAGACUAUUAUAUGUUUUUUUCUUAAUAUAAUGUACUGUUUUAAAAACAGUUGACCAGGUAUUGAGAUUUCUUUCUUUAAUGAAUAUUUUGAACUUUAAGGAAGGUUCUCAGCAUCUUGUUUUAUACACAAACCUUGAAUUGAAUGAGUGGGACGUGUGUUUUGUGCAUGUGUUUUUCAGCGUGAGUGAAUGGAUUUUAUUGCCAACUGAUUUGAUGUUGUGUUCAAAGUCAUUUAUUAAAACAACCACUGUCUGUAACAAUACUGAAGACACUGUUACUCCAGUCUGAUAGUGUGUUCCUCUUUUCCUCUCCAGUAUCAACACUGAUUAAACGUUAGGAAAGCAGUGUUGCUUUAAUUCCUGCGCUUUAGCGUUUGUUCCCAUCAGUUUCUAACUAACCUCAGGUGUAUCAAACUUCUAUUUAUUAUAAUUUUCCAGUCAAGCCUUCCCAGAAAACGUCCACCGAGCUGGUGCAGUGAUAGUUACAGGAACAGCACCUCCUUCAUACCGAAGCCCACAACAAAGGAGCUGAAUUAUGCAAUAACAAUGAUAUGCAAUAAUAUCAUAAUGUAACAGUUCACAUCUGCUGACCUUUUGCUGAAGAAUGCUUCUUCACAUGUUAUAAAGGGAGAACAGUGUAUUUUGUACAAAUAUUUUAAAAGUAUUAAAAUAAGUGUGUUAAAUGUGUAAAUAAACCAGCUGAAUGAAUGGUGAAAAUUGGAUGUUUUUUCCCUGAAUAACUAAAUGAAUCUGAUAUUAA